AUGAGGAAAGUCAUGAGACAAUUUCUCACGGAGGACAAAACGUUAGCAGAAAUUUUAGCCCAUUAUUCGUGGAUACCCAAAAUUGCUGUAGAGAUCUAUCUGAAGUAUUGCAUACCAUGCCAGCAUCGAAAACCCGUAAAAACACCCGUUCUAAGUAAGCCGAUACUAUCUCUUGGUGUCCUAACUCGUCUUCAGAUCGAUUUGAUCGAUAUGCGUACUCGCCCUAAUUGUAUUUCUAGUGAUGUUGUGUAUCAAUGGAUAUUGCAUUGCAAAGAUCAUUACUCAAAAUAUUCAUGGGCUUACUCGUUGGUGGAUAAAUCAGCUGAUGGUGUUGCCAAAAAAUUGCGUGAAUUAUUUUUUACAUUUGGUCCACCAAAACUAUUACAUUCGGAUAAUGGUGCCCAAUUCGUCGCCGAUGUCAUCACUGCAUUAAAAUUAUUAUUUCCUGAUAUGUGUUUUAUUAGAGGCGGGCCAAGGCAUCCGCAAAGCCAAGGUUUGGUAGAAAGAGGUAAUGGUGUGCUUUGUAAUUCUUUAGGUAAAUGGAUGUCAUCAACGAAUUCGGAGCAUUGGUCAGACGGUCUGCUGCCUGUUGUAAUGGCAUGCAAAUUUGGUAAACUUGCGAUCGCGCAUACGGUUGAAAGCUUGAUCGAUUUGCGAUCGGCAUGCUCAUCAGAUUUAAAACUAAACGAAGUAAAUUCCCUUGGUGAAAUAACAGUAAUCGAAGCCGCAAAAUUAUUGGUUCAUGGUGCUGUAUCCAGUGCAAUAUGCGAUUGUAAGACUAAAUGUGGGACGAAACAUUGUCCAUGUAGAAAAGUAGGAGUGGCAUGCUCAACAAAAUGUCAUGUUAAACAGCGUGAAUGUCUGAAUUCGACUUAA